UGUCAUUUGCUUCUGCCGGUCAUACUUAGAGCGAAUUUAAAAAUGAUUCCGCCGCUUUAGUAAACACAUUACCAACACUCAUUUUGAAUUAUAAAGAUAAGAGUGGGCUUUUAAUGUAAUCGGGGCAGUGUUUUGUUACUAAGUUUCUGAAACGGAACAGAACGGUACGGGGCGGGGGAGUGACAGUUUUUCUAUGACGUUUGUGGCGCCAGAAAUCAAGAACUGAAGAAGGGGGAGAUAGAGCGUUUAGCUCAGUAGACCAGAGGACAGCCUAAUUGGGGAUUUUAUUUUUUAAUUGAGUAAUUAAUUUUCAUUUAUUUGAUUAAGAGAAACCCGAGGCACCAUGGUGAUGUUACGCCACAGUGGUGGUGCAAAUACAGCGCCCUCAAAGCCCAGUGACCUGGACUCGAGUUCCGAGUUUCUGUCGCUGCAGCAUUCGCCGAAGAGGAAAUCUUCUCGCCUGUCGAAGUAUAGCUUAUUCAGCAGUAUGGAAGCCAACGGCCAUUUAUCUGUAAAAGAAGAAAGUGAAUUAAGUGGAUGCACUUCAAGGAACAAAAAACUGGAACAACUAGAAGUUUCGAAUGAUAAAAGUGUGGACAUACCACAGCAGGAUCAAACAAUCAAAAAACAUUUUACAAGGAAGUCAGGCCGAAAAAAUAAUGAAGAUCAACCGCAAGUUGAAGAGACUGUAGCCUCAACCUCUGAGCCUUUGAAUAACAGACAGACAGAAGUGGAAAUUGAUGGUGAAGUUCGGCGCAGUGGCAGAAUUCGCAGAAACAGAUACAAAACACAAAAUCAAUCUGUACUCUAUAACCAACUCAUUACUAACACCGCGGAGGCUGUGCUGAAGAAAAUGCACCGCAGAUUAAAAAAAUUAGACAAUUCACCUGAUACAGAAGAAGAAGAGAUGUACUCGGGUAAACGCAAGAGAGGAGGUAAAAGAGACAAAGAAACAAGUGACAAAGAAGAUGCGCAUGGGGAUUUCACUGAAGAUGAGGGAGAAGAAGAUCAAGAGGAUGAGGAAGAAAACCAGAAACGCUAUGAAUUCAGGAAGAGAAAAACAGUUGUGCUCUACCAGGCUCCCCAAGUUGAACCAAGAAACCACAGGAAACAAAACCUGUUUUAUAAUGGCCCUGCUUCCCCUGCCAGGCGAAGAUAUCAAUUUAACUCUGCUGCCCCGAGAAGUCCUUAUAGUAGCAAGAGAAAGAACAGACGAAGACACGCCAUCCACAACAGUGACUCCACGUCUUCCUCUUCAUCUGCAUCUGAUGAUGAAGACAGUUUUGAGAGACGCAGGGUGAAGAGCAAAAAUGGAGCAAUGAACAGAUGUCUUCCUUUGAACCUGCGUAAAGAAGACUUGUUGGGUCUCCACAAGGACCGCAUGAAGAUUGGAGCAAGUCUGGCUGAUGUGGAUCCCAUGCAGAUUGACUCUUCGGUGUGUUUUGACAGCAUAGGUGGAUUGUCCAGUCACAUCUUGGCUCUAAAGGAGAUGGUGGUGUUCCCUCUGUUGUAUCCAGAAGUUUUUGAAAAGUUCAAGAUACAGCCUCCUCGGGGCUGUUUAUUUUAUGGACCACCUGGUACUGGAAAAACCCUGGUUGCCCGAGCCCUUGCUAAUGAGUGUAGCCAAGGGGACAGAAAGGUGGCCUUCUUCAUGAGAAAGGGAGCAGACUGUCUGAGUAAAUGGGUGGGCGAGUCGGAGCGACAACUUAGGCUACUGUUUGAUCAGGCCUACCAGAUGCGUCCUUCAAUCAUUUUCUUUGAUGAAAUUGAUGGAUUGGCUCCUGUUCGAUCCAGCAGGCAAGACCAGAUACACAGCUCUAUAGUGUCAACUCUGCUGGCGCUGAUGGAUGGUUUGGAUAGCCGAGGUGAGGUAGUGGUGAUUGGAGCCACAAACAGACUGGAUUCCAUUGAUCCUGCCUUAAGAAGACCGGGACGGUUUGACAGAGAAUUUCUGUUUGGCCUUCCAGACAGAGACACUCGUAAAGACAUUUUGAGAAUACAUACAAGGCAAUGGAAUCCAAAACCUUCUGAUGACUUUCUUGAAGAGCUGGCUGACAAAUGUGUUGGUUACUGCGGUGCAGAUAUUAAGUCAGUCUGUGCUGAAGCAGCACUUUGUGCCCUCCGCAGGCACUAUCCACAGAUCUAUGCCACCACUGAGAAGCUGCAACUGAACGUGGACUCCAUUCAGAUCAAUAGCAGGGACUUCAUGGUGGCCAUGCAGAAGACUGUCCCCGCUUCCCAACGGGCAGUAUCCUCACCUGGAAAAGCCCUGUCUCCCAUUGUAAAGCCCCUGCUGGAAAACGCCCUCCAAGACAUCCUGGUUGCACUGAGCAGGGUCUUCCCUCAUGCAGAGCAGGCCAUUAAAAGGCAGGAGAGCUCAGAUUUUUUUUCAUCUGAACAUACAAGUCAUAUUUUAGAUGAACAGCUAAUAUACAGUGAUGAUGAAGGACAGUCUGUAUAUGAAAACAACUCAAGCCAUAAAUCAAGGCAACAGAAACAAUUCCUCCAUUUCAAAAGGAGUGCCCACUAUAAUCCAACAUCCUACCGGCCAAGAUUUCUACUAGCAGGGAGGUCGGGGGAUGGACAGAGUUCACACCUGGCUCCUGCUGUCCUGCACGUCCUGGAGAAAUUCACUGUGUACACUCUGGGUAUAGCAGUACUCUAUGGAGUCAGUACUGCAUCACCUGAAGAAACCUGCGCACAGCUUUUCUGUGAAGCAAAGAGAACCUCCCCAAGCAUUAUGUAUCUUCCUAACAUUGACCUGUGGUGGGAUACAAUGGGAGCUGCGCUGAAGGCUACAUUUGUCAGCUUAUUACGUGACAUUCCUUCGUUCUCUCCGAUACUUCUGCUGGCAACCUGCAGUUCACCUCAUAAAAAGCUCCAUUCAGAGAUUCAGGAUCUGUUUCUGAAAGGAUAUGGAGAGGUUUACCACGUGCAGCUUCCCACCAGUAAUGAGAGGAAGCGGUUCUUUGAAGAUCUGAUUUUGCAUCAAGCUGCCAAGGCCCCAGGCUCUCAAAAGAAAGCAGUGCAGAAGGCGAUGGAGGUACUGCCCUUGGCUCCUCCGGUCCACCCUCGGCAGCUGACGGAGCAAGAACUUCGUCGGCUGGAGGAGCAGGAGGAGGACACAUUGAGGGAGCUGCGGAUCUUCCUCCGCAACGUCACCAGCCGCCUUACCAUGGACAAGCGAUUCCGAGCCUUCACCAAGCCUGUUGACCUUGAAGAGGUUGAUGAUUACUGCCAGGUUAUCAAGCAACCCAUGGACCUCUCUACUGUCCUUAGAAAAAUUGACAUGCAUAAGUACAGUACUGUGAAGGAAUAUCUUUGUGAUGUAGACCUGAUCUGCAGUAACGCAUUGGAAUACAAUCCAGACAAAGAUCCUACAGAUCGUUUAAUCAGGCACAGAGCCUGUGCUCUAAAGGACACCACUCAUGCUAUCAUCAAAGAAGAACUUGAUGAGGAAUUUGAGAAGAUUUGUGAAGGAAUACAAGAAUCACGCCAAAAAAGAGGUUGCCCGGAUUCGAAGUUUGCACCUUCCUAUUACAAAGUGCAGUCAAAGCAAACUACUGCUGUUGAUCUGAGGAAAAGUGAUGCAGAUGUACCCAAGGAAGCUAAACCCAAAGUACCAGCUAAACCUAUGGCAGCAAGUACUCCAUCUACAUCAGUUUUAAAGAAGCAGCGCAGGCGAUGCCGGUGGAGCUGCGGCAUUAUCACCAAGAAGAGAAAGUUAUCCCAGACCCCUAAGGGCGAUCAAAGCAUAAUGGAGGAAGAUGAUGAUGCAGUAAAAGAGAUUGAGGAGGGUGAAGGUGGGCUGGAGAAUACCAGCGAGUCUAGUCUGGACCAGACAGAUGUGGAGAUCUGUGGGGACCCUGAGCAGCCUAGGCUCAUAGAAAGAGGUCAGGCUGAUGGAGCAGUGCCACAAACGAGGGACAAUACACCAAGUGGCACACAGACCUUGCUGCCUGAGCCUGCCACUAAGAAGAAAGUCGCUGCUGCACCUGCAGAGAAACCUGCUGGUGCUGUUUCCAAUGGAGUGGUCUCUGAGACCGCAGAGACUUGGAGUGACAACGAUCAGGAAGGAAACGAAGUGCCUCUGCUGCGUGCAACACGGAGUAGUCGUUCUAAAUUGGAACAGCAGCAGUUUAUUAACGUGAAGAAAGCCUUGGAGAUUCUCUCUGCUCCGACUCCUGAUGUUCUUGUUGACCAUGACAAGUUAAAGGGUCUGCUGACUAAAGUUAUUGCCAAAACUGAUGGAUAUGCUGUGUAUCAGCUUGAGAAGCUCUAUGCUGUAAUCUGUCAGUGUAUAUACAACCAUCGGAAAGAUUAUGAUAAGACCGCACUAAUACAGGAAAUGCAGAAAGAAAUUGACAACUUCAUAUCAUAAGCUGGUUGUUUCAAAAUAAAGUGAUGCUUUUUUCCCCUUCUAUUAAUUCACAUUGUACAAAGCUUCAUUUUAAGUAAAAAAAUAAUAUUGCUAUGUUUUUUAUUAAUCUUCAUAUACAAUGGCUUUAGAUAAUCUUGAUCUUAUGGAAGAACUAUUAUAUUGAUUAACUUUUUAUUAAUCUUAAUUCUGAAUACUUGCUUCUGUUUCUUUUCUUUUUGCAACAUUACUUAUGUACCCAGAUAAACUAGGCAUGGAAGAAAUAAAGCAUUGAACCCCCCCCC